CCCUACACUAUCUACCAUAACGGGCUUUUUUUCUUCUUGUCUUUCCCAAACCAAAAUGCCAGCAAACGAUAAUGACGAUAAAAAUAAGUACGACACAGUUAAAGUUCCACUGGUAAUACGCAAUUGGAUGAACUGCAAUGAAAACAUGUGCAUCAAAGUAUGCAAAAGGCCACACAAUGAACGACCGGAUGACAACAACAAUACCAACAAUACCGAUCCACCGCCGCAGCCUUUAAAAUGCGACAUUGUUUGUCUGGUACGAGCAACAGAACCAACGCCAAGGCAGUGGAAUCCUCUACGUAAUUAUGCCAUUUCCGUGAAAAGCGCUGAUUCACCGAGGCCCGAGUCAGAUUAUCAAGUCGAUCUCGGUGAACAGUUGGAUCGUGUGAAAAGACAAGCAGGCCAUGUUGCUCAAGUAUCCUAUGAGGCAUCGAAAGGCUACAUUGACUCAUGGAAGGAUGGAACACAGGCUUCAUUUUUCCGACGAGUAUAUGAAAUCGGCACAGACAAGGAUCAGUUGCAGAUGUUGCGUGAUCACGCAAAGAAAACGAUUGAUAUCUUUUGGAAUGGAGGGGAUGGAAGCAAGAAAAAGAAGGACAACGAUAACAAUAAUGAAAAAGAUGAUAAAAAUGACAAAGAUAACAAAGAUAACUAGCCUACUACUGCUACUGCUGCUGCUGCUGCUAUUACUAUUACUACUAUUAGUAUUGUCGUACUAUGGGUA